GCGCUCUAUUUUGAACUGCUUCGAGAAGGAACGGUGCUGUACGCACUUCGACACGCGCGCGUUGCAACGCGCGCAUGCGGCCCGCAUGACAUGAUACGGGUUCGUGCGCUGGGCGCAUGCUAGAUCAACGCGGUUGCACCGCGUGGUAGGAUGAGCAUGCGGGGUCCCAGCGAGAUUGCUGCAAUCAAAUGGAUGCCCAAUGGUUUCAGUAAGAACGCUGUGCGCGGGCAGACAAGAUGACAUUAUUUUGAUGACACCCCUAUAGCUGUUCAGGGCGUUCCCCAAUACGGCAGUAAGAUCGGAGACCAAAACGGCAAUGCUGAACCCGAUGAUGGAGAAGGAACACAAGAGAAGCCUGGAGAAGAGAAAGGGGGAUGCCCGCCUGGAACACUUUAGGGUGUUCCCCAGCAAGGCAGCAAGAUCGGACACCAACACGGCAGUGCAACUUAGUGAGGCGAGCGUGAAACCUUCUGCACACCUCUUGAAACGUGCAGCCAAGAAAGAGGAGCCCGAUGGUGGAGAAGGCAAACGAGGAGGAGCCUGGCGGAGAGACAGGGGGAAGCACCCGCUUGCAGCGCACGGGCACGAGCCUCCUCGAGACCGGGCGGGCGAGCGCUUCUGCAAGCCCACCCUGCUUCUCGAAGAGUGCUCGGCUCGGCUCCUGAGGUUUCGAACGAAUUGUGAAAGAUUAUUGACGCAGGGCACAGCAGGUGUGCGAGUGUCCAGCCCCCCGCACAUCCGGCCAAUCGCCCAACGGCGCUCGUGCGCCAGGCGAGCAGGACCAGGAAGCGGCUCCUAAGAGAACUGAUGCGCAGGAAGACAACUAGCACAGCCAACGACGGCAGAGAAAUCCUGCCGACGAGGAAGAUAUCCCUGGCGGUGCUACCCAGCAGCAGCACAACGCAAGGGCGAACGACCGCAUGGGGUGAUUUGAGAACGUCUCGCGCCAGCGCGCAAUGCUGGCACCAAAUUUAACGACUCGUGCCUGCACUGCCUUGGCAUCCCUUGGCAAGUGGCUGAUCGGAUAAAGGCGGGGCGGGCACGCCCUGUGCGGCCAGACAGGGCUAAACGCCAGGCGAGCGUCCGGCAUGUUCUGCGGAUCAGUCUCGCUUUCUGGCGACACAGGACAGCGCCAACAGCCCCGAAACGUGAACCAGCGCGCAGCAGUGCGUCGCAAUUACGCGAAGCUGUUGCCACAUUUCACGCUCGGCCCUCAUGCCGCCCGCUUCGCUUUGACGUCCACUUAGCUUCGAGACACUACCCUGCCUAUGUAACCCUCCACGCUGUCGACGUCGGUGGAUUGGAAGCCUCGCGGUGGUCGGGGCUUACGGCUGGCAGUGUUGACGCCUCCGACGAGCCCGUGGCGACCUGGGUUGCGCGCAGCGCAUCGAGGCGACUACG